AAAAGGGCAGCGCCUUCCCUCUCCUUCGUCCCCCAGGCCUGCCUCCCUCUCCCUCCCUCCCUCUGUCGCCAUCCCCUCAGGCGGCGCCCCCGGGCGGGCGGAGAAGGGGGCGAGGGCUCCCGUCCUGGCUACGUCCGCAGGGCGGGGAAUAGAAGCGAAGCAUCGGGCGAGGCAGGCAGAGGGCAGCGGCAGCGGCGGGGGGUUCUCUGUCACGCUCGCAGCGCCGACGGGGGGACCGCAACGCAGGCACGCAGGCGCGCGGGCGCAGGCAGAAGCCAGGCCGGGGAGCCCCUUGAAGGGAGUAGAAAGGAGCAAUGACGGCUCUGGACGGUAUACGGAUGCCAGAUGGCUGCUAUGCUGAUGGAACGUGGGAGUUGAAUGUGCAUGUCACAGACUUGAACAGAGAUGUAACACUGAGGGUCACAGGGGAAAUACAUAUUGGUGGCGUCAUGCUGAAACUCGUGGAAAAACUUGAUGUCAAGAAAGAUUGGUCCGACCAUGCCUUAUGGUGGGAAAAGAAGAAAACCUGGCUCCUUAAAACACACUGGACUUUAGAUAAGUAUGGCAUACAGGCUGAUGCAAAGUUACAGUUCACUCCUCAACACAAAUUGCUCCGACUCCAGCUUCCCAACAUGAAGUAUGUAAAAGUGAAAGUGAACUUUUCUGACAGAGUCUUUAAAGCAGUAUCUGACAUCUGCAAAACUUUCAACAUCAGGCAUCCAGAAGAACUCUCUCUUUUAAGAAAGUCCCGUGAUUCAAACAAAAAGAAAAAGAAAAGGCUGGAUGACCAAUAUGAGGAUGAAACACUUGAGCUGGAAGGACCACUAAUCACACCUGGAUCAGGGAACGUAUAUUCAAGUCCAGGGCUUUAUAGCAAAACUAUGACACCAACUUAUGAUUCUCAUGAUGGGAGUCCUUUAUCACCAACUUCAGCUUGGUUUGGAGACAGUGCUUUAUCAGAAGGAAAUCCAGGUAUACUUGCCGUCAGCCAGGCAAUCACCUCCCCAGAAAUCUUAGCCAAAAUGUAUAAGCCACAGUCACUUCUGGAUAAAGCCAAGAUCAACCAGGGAUGGCUAGAUUCUUCAAGAUCACUUAUGGAACAAGAGGUGAAAGAAAAUGAAGCUUUACUACUGCGGUUCAAAUAUUACAGCUUCUUUGAUUUGAAUCCUAAGUAUGAUGCAAUCAGAAUAAAUCAGCUAUAUGAACAGUCCAAGUGGGCUAUUCUUUUGGAAGAAAUCGAGUGCACAGAAGAGGAAAUGAUGAUGUUUGCAGCACUGCAGUACCACGUCAAUAAAUUGUCCAUCAUGUCAUCUGAAAAUCACUUGAAUAACAGUGACAAAGAAGUUGAUGAAGUUGACGCUGCCCUUUCUGAUUUGGAGAUUACUCUGGAAGGUGGGAAGACCUCUACAAUUCUGGGUGAUAUCACUUCCAUCCCGGAGCUGGCAGACUACAUUAAAGUGUUCAAGCCAAAGAAGCUAACAUUGAAGGGUUAUAAGCAGUAUUGGUGUACCUUCAAAGACACAUCUAUUUCCUGUUUCAAAAGUAAAGAAGAAUCUAACGGGACCCCAGCUCAUCAGAUGAAUUUGAGAGGGUGUGAGGUAACUCCUGACGUCAACAUAUCCGGUCAGAAAUUUAACAUAAAGCUUCUAAUUCCUGUUGCUGAAGGCAUGAAUGAAAUUUGGCUCCGUUGUGAUAAU